CUCGUCGCCCUUAAAGCCGGAGCGCAGGCGCCGCGCGCAAGUCGCAGAGGCCCCGCCGCGCGCGCCUCGUCAUCUGCGAUGCGCGCCGCGCUCCUCGGCUUCGUCCUGCUCGUGUGUCGCUCCUGGGACUACGUCAAGGGUACAGGGUGCCCACCGGGUGUUCCGUGUUGGUCAUGGUAUCCAAACAGCCAGCCUGGACACAUGCCACAGCACCAACCCUUUGGGCAUCCGCUGGUCGUGCAGAACUGGCCACCCCUGACAGCUGCCUCCGCUCAACACAGCCAUGCAGCCAUGGCGCCGCUUGCAACACCUAGUCGCCUUUACUACGAUCAAGGAAUUGCAUCUGUGCCUACAUACCAAACGCAGCCAAACCGUCCACUGAGUGGUGAGCCUGGAAUCUACCCAGAAAGCUACCAAAGUGCCGUCGGCUCAUCGCCGUAUAAGAAUUUCAAUCCAACGCGAGUCAACCCUAGCGCAACUCAGGUCUUUCCUCCAGGCCGCCAGGCAAACGCGCCGCCUGCUCCAACAACCCAAUCACCAAUCGCCAACUAUCUGUGUGAAAUUGUGAAACGAGAUAGAAAUCAAGGAAUGCACCCAACCCCUUCGCCCGUACCACAGCAGAGUUCGGCAUCACAUCACGCAAUUAAGACCCCUAUAAGGCGCCCAGUUAAGGCACCUCCCUCGCCCCGCUUCACUACUACUCGCCCUCCUGCAAAACAGCCUCAUCCCUCAAUCAGUCCGAGGCCAGCCACCCCGCCAAACAAUCGGACAGCAAAUGGCAUCUCGCCAAGUUUAGCUGCAUGUGAACAAUAUCGAAAAGCAGCAGUGAGUUUUCUUGAUAAUCAAGUGAGGAUUAAUGGCGGAGAACUUGCUGGUAAAGGAGAAUUUCCUUACAUGGUGGCAAUUGGGUACGUGCGAGGCGAGACCCUCUUCUGGGCGUGCGGGGGCAGCCUCAUCAGCGAACGCUAUGUCCUCACCGCAGCUCACUGCACGCAGAGCAGCCAGGCGAUGGCGCUGCGGGCGGGGCAGCAGCGGCUGGGCGCGCGCCCGAGUGCCGGCGACUUCGGGGCCGAGGCCGUGCUGCCGCACCCCGCCUACAGCUUCCCCGAGAUGUACCACGACGUGGCGCUGGUGCGCACGGCCCGCGCGGUGCCCUUCUCGGCUGCCGUGCGCCCCAAUCCGCCUUCAAAGGAGACUUGAAGAAGGCAGAAAUGAUCGAGCUGGCGGAGGCAGACUGCCCAAUCGAGGGCAGGUCGAGGCUGCCAAAAGGCCUCGGCAACCGCAUCCUAUGCGCUCAGCAUCGAAGGAACAACGCCUGCGACGGUGAUUCUGGAGGCCCAUUGGUGCAACAGGAUGAAAAUGGACAAGAUGUUCUCAUGGGUGUUUUCAGUAGUAGCCCCAGCCCAUGCUCUGGAAAUAAGACAGCUCUGUUUGUUCGUGUUAGCUCUGAAUUGAAAUGGAUAGAGGAAAUUGUGUGGCCCAAAUAGUUUAAAUGCUUGAUGCUGCAGUGAAGUGGUUCAUUCAUAACCUUAAUCCAGCAGAGAAUUUCAUUCAAAGAGCAUUUGCUCAAAGGUCCUCAACGUCCUAAGUGGAUAAUUUGAAGUAAUUGGCUCCCUCAGGAGAUCAAUGCACAAGGCAGAUAGCAUUCAAAUUCUGAAUGGAAUUUUCAUCUGCAACUGACUCCUUAUGGAUACCAAAUCUACUGUUAUUUGGUACACGUGAACUGGAAGACUUUCUGAGGUUAAGGCAUCACUAAAAUAUGAUUGAGGGGCUUUACUCACAAAAAAACCUCAAGAGUUCGUACAAGAUCUUUGUUCUGCUCGCUUUAUUCUUUGCCUUUAUCCUGAUGCUAAAGGAUAUUCAAAUCACAGAAACAAUUCAAAAUACUUUUCUUAAAAUAGCGAUACCACAAAGUUACACAACAAUACAAUCUUUUACGUUGUACUUAAGUUGGUUCAAAUAAUUUGCUGACAAAAUAAGUUCGGUGGAUAUAAGCAAGGAAAUGUAUUUAAAAUUAUAUACAAUCAUGCUCAGUAUAUUGUUCUAAAAAGCAAUUCACAUCCUGUUGUCAAACACACAUUGGUUUUCAUGCAGGACAAAUUGUUAUCAAGCUUAUUUCAGCAGACACUCACAGGAGUGGUAUUGUUCAGUCAAUUCAGAAAAUAAAUUAACGAAGUUUUAGAAGAAAAAAUUACAAAAUUACCUCUUGGUAUUUAUCUAUUUAUUUAUCAAAAUCAAUUCAUGUGUAAUUUUCCAAAAUUCUGUUCCCAUUCUUCUACGAUUCUGCUGCGUUUUGUAAAGAGCAUUGGUGCUGAGAUGAUGAAACACAUCCUCUCCCAGACACAGAAUUCAGAAGAGCGACGUCCUCUUUGACAGUAGGAACAUGGUGGGUGUUUAUAUUCAUGAAUGGAUGGUGUGAAGAUUAAAUAAGAAUUGUGAAUAUUGAAAUGAUAGCAAUUAUAUUUGUACUUCACCAAUACAGCAGUAGUAAAAAUUCUGCAUGUACAACUGUACUUUCCUCAACUGUCCAUCUACUGAAGUUCUGUUCAUCAAAAUUUUGUAAAAAGUAUGAUUUAUGAAAUCUUCAUUGGAUGGUAUUUAUUGAAGUAAAAAGAUCAUGAUAUUUAAUGUUCAACUUUAACAUUUAUAUAUUCUGUUGUUUUGUCAGUUGAGACAAAUCAC